ACUUAAAGAAAGUCUCUUUUAAAAGUUCUACCUCAUUUAAAAAUGGGUAUACUCCUUUGCACCAAAAAGCUAGCACAAUAUAUGCAUGGCUUUUAUUUUCCAUCCUAGCUUGUAUGUAUAUAUAGCACCAUUGUUGAGAAGAAGCUUUUCACUCAAAAUACUAGGCUUCAUAAUAUUUUUGAAAUAAUUCAAUGGCUCUAAGCAGGCGACCAGCAAGAUUUACAAGAAGACCAGAUUCCAUGCAACACAAAACAAUUAGUGAAGAACAGUUAGAGUCACUCAGGGUGAGGGCUGCUGCUGCUGGUAUUUACACUGACAAGCAAAAUCCCGAGGAGGACAAAUAUCCAGCAAAGGUUCAUCAGGAGGUGAUGGGUAUUAAAAUGGAAAGGGUCAUAAAAAAAGAGCAUGGUGAUGACGAUGUGAAGGUGGAUAGAGAGGUGGCGCAUGAGGAUACAAAGGAAAAGGAAUCACCAAAAAAGAACAACAAUACGAAGAACACAUCAAUGUAA